AUUAAUUCUCCCAAAUAUUAAUAGUACUCCGUAUAUACGUAGACCUCAGUUUGUCCAUCCUCAUCACUAGUCGAACUGUCGAAGCAGACAGGCAGUGAAGAAGACAAGUUGAGCCCUGCUGCCACUCAAGCCGGUCGGCCUUCGCCACUUCGCCGGAAAGCGACGAAUCGGCCGAAUUGCCCCUGCAGUUCUUUAGUUAGCUUCGCAGGCCGCAGUGCCCUACUGCCUUGUGCGCCUGUUCCCCUUGCCCCGCUCCCAAGUCCUGCCUCGCGUGGCUGCUCCCUCUGGAUUCCUCCCUUUCCUGCUCGCUGAGUCAAUCGUCAUCCGAUUUUCAGAGGGGGAUGUUUCUUGGCAGACUUUACAAGAUAACCUGCCCACCAAGCCAUUUAACUGUGCAAUUUCGUCAUUUCUCAAAAACCCGAAAUGCGAAUAAGGUGAUCUUGUACAUUGAGAGGGCAAGGCUCAUUGAUUCUAUAAGACUUCAUCUUCGAUCAGACUCCACAGAGUCUCUAUCCGACCUCCUCAAGAACCCUUCUCUCGACUCAUUUGUAGUGACCAAUGCUAUUCGUUCAGCGCCAUCUCCUGAGUCUGCACUGUUUUUCAUCGAUUCCCUAAAAGCAGUUUCUCAUUUCUCACACACUACAAACUCCCUGUAUGCAUUGGCUAAGGUUCUCGCCAAAUCAGGGCAAAAGGGUAAACUCCAAGCCUUGAUAAAUGGUAUUAAUGCGGGGAAAUUCACAAACGUUGCACGUGUUAGUUAUAUGGAUCGUAUGCGAUGGUAUGCUGCUGCUGGAGAUCUUGAUGAGGUUAAUAAAAUAUGGAUUGAAUGGAAGAGAAAUUUGCAGAAGAAGCAUCCGUGUACAGAAUCUUACAACAUAAUUAUUGACCUUAGUGCCCAAAAGGGAAAGGAUUUUGAAGCUGUGAAGGUUUUCAAGGGGAUGAUAAAUGAUGGGGCACUUCCAAAUUCUAGAACUUACACUGUUAUAAUCGACCAUCUAGUGACAUCUGGGAAAUUUGAUUCAGCAGUCCAAGUUUUCAAGAUCUUGCCACAGAUGAGGAUAAAACGCACAUCGAAGCAGUAUUCUGUCAUGGUUGGAGCAUUAAUUAGAAAUGAACGAUUGGAUGAUGUCAAAGAUUUGCUUGAAGAAAUGAGGGCUGAUGGGAUAUUGCCAGGCCGGGCUAUGCAUUGGGCUUUGCAAAAAAUGCAGGAGUCAGGUUAUGAUGGGAAUGUCAAUGCAUUGAUUGAAGAAAUGCUUCCUGACAGAAGGAUUGCGAGCAUUUCUUAUAGCAUGGGAGAUUCGAAUGAGGACAAUGACGAUGAAGAAAAUGCUGAAGAUGUUUCAGACCAAUGUCAAUUAAAGCCGUGGAUGGACCCUGCUGCUUUGGCUAGUGCCUUGCAGGAUUGGAAACCAGAUGAGGUGUCAACUUUGGAGGAUGCAAAGUUUGUAUGGACAACUCGGCUAGUCAGCAAGAUUAUAAGAAACAUUAACUCUGCAGAAACAGCUUGGAAUUUUUUUUGCUGGGUUGCUUAUCAACCGGGAUUUACUCAUGAUAGCUACACAGUGUCGAGGAUGAUUGCCAAGUUGGCCCGUCAAGGAUGUGUCCAUUUAGUUGAUAAACUUUUGUCCAAGAUGGAAAGUGAAGGGCUACAACUGUCAUUUAUCACACUCAGGUUAAUAAUUGACUUUUAUGGGAUUUCUGGAAACAGUGAUGCUGCACUAAAGGUCUUCCGCAAUACAAAAACAAUCUGCGGUCCUAUUCCCAGAAACGGUUGGCUACUUCUGUAUUCGUCUCUUUUGAGGACAUUAGCGAAAUGCAAAAAGGAUGCUGCUGAUGUCAUCAUCAUACUUGAAGAGAUGAUUCUGCUUGAGAUUUUUCCGGACAGGCAAACAUAUUCUGGACUGAUGCACCAUUUUGCACUUCAGGGGGAUAUCAGAACAGUGCAGAGAUUGUUUGGGAUGGCUAGGCAGAGUGGGCUUGAGCCGGAUAGUUAUAUGUACAAGGUUGUCAUACAUGCAUAUUGCAAGUGUGAGAGGGCUUCUCUUGGACUGAGAGUUUUUGAGGAAAUGUGCAAUUAUGGACAACAAUUGGGUGAUUCUGCCACUAAAGACUUGCUUGUGAAGAGCCUUUGGAGAGAAGGGAAGCUCAGGGAGGCUGCCUCUGUGGAAGAGCAAAAUGAGGAGAUAAGCAAUGGCACUUCUUUUGCUUUGCCAGGACACAUGUUCACCUUGAAUGCUUCGGACCUUGCAAGAGUUUAUGAGAUAUACUCUAGAAGUUUUGAGAACAAUGAACAAUUAUCUUUGGAUGUAAUCAUAGAUGAAUGAACAGUAUAAUAAGGACUUAAGGAGCUAAGUAAAAGACAUCAUUUAGCUCAGCUCUCCAUUUCUCCAAUUUUGAUUGGGACUUCUCUACAUUUAAUCAGCUCGCUCAAACCAGAUAACCUCAAAUGCAUUUUAGAGAGACACCUGGCCAGAUUCCAAGGUUGAACAAUUGCGGAUGUCGGGAUGGAAGUUAUUUGCAAGAGGCAUGGACGGGAGCUAGGAAGCACGGAAACGACAUUCCUCCUCCAGUUUCCGUCCCGGAAACGUUUCGGAAACGGGAAACGCCAGGAAAUGCCUGGAAACGGCUGGAAACGCUGGGGAAAGGUUUCUGAGAUAUUGGGCUGUUGGGCUGGGUUGAGGAAACAUUUCAGAAAUGUUUUUUAAGUGGACCUACAUGUUUCUUAAUUUAAAAAAAUAAACUUGUUUGUCUUUCGAACUCCCAGUCCCUAUCGGCGUAGAAGCUCGACGCGGAGAGUAUCGGAAAUCCGUUGGUCUGCUACAGUGCUACUCUGCUGGACGGCUGGGUAUUGGGGUGAGGUGGUGAGCGCAUCUGCUACUCUGCUGGACGGCUGGGAAUUUUUGUUAGCUUCGUAUUUGAUCUUUUCCAUAAAUUGAGUACUUCUUAUAUUUAUGGUUUUAAGUACAAACCAUAUGGAAGGUUCUUGUAGUGAGGCUGGGAGUGGGUCAGGGAGUUCUUGGUGCUGAUAAUACACUUUUUCGGAAUUAUGACAUUGAAAUAUGUUUGUUAUAUUUAUUUCGUAUCUAUUGGACGUAAAUAUUACCUAUAUUACUAAAAUUAAAAUUUUUUGUUCGACGUUUCCUUGCCGUACCCGGAUCUUGAUAUUUUGAGAUUGGAGUUUUCCCGUCCCUGUUUCCGUUUCCGUUUCCGUCCCGGUGCUACUUAGGACGGGCGCACAUCUUGACCUCUGUUUCUCAGUUUUAGAAUUUGCAUCUCUUUGGGGAGGGUACCCCUCCAGAUGCCACUUUCUUUGCAGUUCAUAAGUUUGAGUUUGACAAGUUACAGCAAGCCAAAUCAAAUAUUCUUCUUGUUCCGAAAGAAGGGGCCUAGGAGGAUUUAAAAUGAGACAUCUUCUGUGAGAAGGGUUUCUUAUCAUCUUAUGACGCUGCAGGCAUCAGUGGCACUGCUGACCGCUGCCUCUGGUAUCACAAAAGAACAUAUGGCCAACUUGGUCUCAAACAUGUUGCAACAAGUUGGUGAAAUGAGCCACAUAUUCAUUAGGAGUCAAAAAUUUAAGUUAAGUCUAUCUGUGACUUUUGUCAAGGCUUUGUGUUAGGUUUCUAUAGAAGAGUUGAAUUCGACAUCAGAUUCAAGGCAGCAUCACCAAGAUGGUUGAGAUUGUAAUUUCAGGUCUCUACUUAUGAUGGUCAUAACAACAUUGUGCCGCCAGCUUUUCAAAUAAAGAAAAGAUUGUACGAGAUUACUUUCACAAAUUGCCUUAAUUUUCUCAUUGCAUUCACUAAUACUAGGUUCAACUCUAGUCUUGAUGCUGUUGGAUUCGUACGUCUCUGUGCGGCUAAAGUUGCUGAAGGAGAAUUUGGCUCUGCAUCGAACGUGCACAAGGAAUAGAUAAAAGGAGGGGAUUUGACACACGGGGACAACCAUGUUUAUUUAUGGUUUCCUUUGUUGGCCAGUAAAUGUUGUAUGUUUAUUUUUGGGAGAACUAUCAAAUAAGCAUUCGAACUUUCAUAAAAAGUACAAAUAAGCCCUUUUACAGGAGACUUUGUCCGGCUAUCGCCAUUUGGGGCAG